GUUUUAAGGAAUCCCGAGUCAAUCCAAGCACGCCGCCUCAAAUUGCCUAUCCUCUUUGUGGCGGCCAUAUUUACAGAAACAUAAUUAAACUUCGUGUUUAGGCUGAAGGCCUUGCCAAAGCCUUAAAUAAUUAAAAAGAAAAAAAGUAGUCUGUGCUAUUAUAUUCAAGUUUUUCCUUAGAGGAUGGUUGCCCACAAAUUAUGAAGAGAAAUACUAUUUUACGUGCUUUGUCAUAGUAAUUGAGUCCUUUGAUGUUGUGUAUUGCACAGAGUACUUUGCCUAAUGGUUAGGAAUGAAGUGAGGAAUUUACAUAAACAACAUGUCUAUAACAUACAUACCUCGUGUAACGCAGUUAGAUGCAGUACAAUUAGACAAACAACUAGAGGAACUGUUUAAACAGAUGGUUUUUAAUGCUACGAAAUUUUUUGAGCCUGGUAUUCUUCAGCCAGUUUUACCUGAACUAGAAUUACUAAUCAGGACAUGGAUUUUCAAGUAUUCAGUUUAUAACAACAAGUACACAUUUGGACAACAGAUGCUUUCACUCAAAUACAAGGCAGAUAAUUUUUCAAGGAGCAAGUUAUACUGGUAUUAUGGAUAUACAGUUGGCUUGAGAUAUUUGAAAGAUAGAGCUGUAUACAGUUUCACAUCAAAUAGAAAGAUACAAGAUUUUAUACACAAACUGGAAACAUUUCAGUUAAUAGGAGAUAUAUUCAACUUUCUGAGGUUUAUUCAAUGUGGGAAGUAUCCCUUAUUAAUUGAUUUUGUACUUGGUUUGGAAUUGUCAGCUGAAAAAGUCACAAGGGAGGAUUUGUCUGAUUUCUCUUGGACUAGAGAACUUUUGUGGCACAAUUUUAUUGAAUUAAUAGGCACAGCAAUUUCACUAAUAAACAUAUUUGGACUACGAAGAAAGUUGUUAAAUGUUCUCAAAUAUGUAUCAUGGAGCAAUCAAACAAGGGCCAGAGUUGCUUCAAGUAAUGCUAUAAUGACUAUACACACAGAAUGUGCUUUCUGUUCAAGCAGCCCAGUUCUGCCUUAUACUAUGGGAUGUUCGCAUAUAUUUUGCUAUUAUUGUUUGAUGGCAAACAAGACAGCAGAUCCAGAGUUUGCUUGUCCGAAAUGUUAUUACAAGGGAGGUGAAAUAAAUAAAUAUAUUGUGGCAUAACUUUGUUAACAAAUCGUUACCUAUUUGUUACAAGUUUAAUGUAGAAUAUUUUGUGUAGGUGACCAUACCUAAAACUUGGACCAAUAACACAAGAGGAAUGCUAAUCGCGGUACAAGACAGGGUAUUCGGGUAUUUAGUACCUAUUGGUAAACCAGAUAUCGCGAAGAGUAUCAAAUAUCUAUUUUUGUACCUAAUUUGACAAGCUGCUAUUUAUGAAAGCUACUCUAAUUUCAAGUGAUAACAAACAAAUUAAUUAGAUUGCACAGAUUUUUAUGUGUAAGGACGUGUUAAGUUUUCUGCAAUGGUUCUCGACCAAAUUUAUCUUCAUAUUUUCUUAAAUCUUUAUAGUGAAGUUGAAAUGAUCCAUUGUCGAUUUGGUUCGUAAAAAGGAAAGUAUCCAAUAUAUUGGGUGUCAUUUUAUUUGAGUAAACUAAAACCAAAUAGACAGCAAACUGCAGCAUCCUGAAUGAGUUCUGUAUUAUUAAUCUUUCUUGUCAAAAAAGUAUCUCAGCUACAUGUAAUACUUAACGUGGUAACUUAAAGUGGCGCGGGGCCGCUAGACCGCUGCCCCCGCGCAGUUUAAACCGCGCGUUGACGCUAAUCUGCGUCUCCGCCACCGCGCGGUUUAUUCCGCGUCCCUCACACCGUCGCGUGGCGCGGUGCAGUGUGUUAAUCGCCUUAUUUUGUCUAGGCUUAGCUCCAUGUACCCAUAUUAGGAAGCGUUGUAAAUAAGUUUGUAACACUCAAUGCCACUAUUGACACGCAUAUUUGUCAAAGUUCAGAAAAUAAUUUUAGCUCAAGAUUAAUAUUUAAAUAAUAUUACAAGGAAAAAAAAAACUGAGUUAUAUUGCGUAUUAAAGAGAAAUUUAUAGGCCAUUUUAUAAUAUAAACUACUGUACUGGCUGUUGAUCAGCCUAAUCUAGAUAUGAGAUGGAAUUUCGACCUUUUUCAGAGUUACGAUCGAGUAGUAUGGAGAUUAGCAGCCCUCUCGAGUUGUUUGGUCUUAUUUACAUAGUGUAGGUAUUUGGAGUUUGGCAGUGGCCAUACCUACUUAAAUAUUUAUAGGUGUUUUGGGCAAUUUAAGACAGGUGCUGUGAUAGACUAAGAUAACAUGUUUUUCCAUAUUAUUAAAUAUAUUUUAUUACCCAAUUUGCGUCUUAAUUUCUGUUUAACG